AACCUUGCCAAGGUUCACUCUUCCAACAGCAUGUGUAGGCAGCUCUAGGCUUCAUACCACCCACUGGCUCCCCAGGGCGACCCUCCAAGAGCUCCCCUCAUAGGCUGUAGCCAUGAUCUCGGUGUCGGAAUGGCAGAAGAUUGGCAUGGGUAUCAUGGGCUUUGGCAUUUUCUUCAUUCUCUUUGGGAUCCUCUUGUACUUUGACUCUGUGCUUCUGGCCUUCGGAAAUAUAUUAUUCCUUUGUGGUCUCUCCUUCAUCAUUGGUUUGAGAAGGACUUUUGGAUUUUUCUUCCAAUGGCACAAACUGAAGGGGACAAGUUUCUUCCUCGGGGGUGUGAUAAUUGUCCUCAUGCGCUGGCCUCUUUUGGGGAUGGCCCUGGAGACUUAUGGUUUUAUCAACCUUUUCAGGGGUUUUUUCCCAGUUGCUUUUGGAUUCCUAGCUUCUAACAUUCCAUUUCUCAGUUCGCUGUUCCAGAGGCUCCAAGGCACCAGCUCCAUGGUCUGAUCAGCAGAGGCGGACUCCUUGAACUUGGACUGUUGUACCUGGGGAAGAUUGGACACCGCCCCCACAUGCUUUGCUUGACAAAUUCCAAUCCUCCUUCGGAAUUGGGCUGGAGGAUGAAGCUGAGUGAUUGAAUCUAGUGUUUUCCAGUGUGCUUAAUAUAAGCUCUGACAAAAUCUCAGACCCAUGGAAACCCUAAGAGAAAGGAGUGACUCAGAACAAAGACCCAUGGGGAACAGACUGCCUUGUAUUUAUGGACAACAAAGAGAAAGACUUUUAAAGUACAUUUCCAGAUUGAAAAAAAGCUGCCUGUCUAAAAAUUAGUCUUAAUGUCUUCAUGGUCUAGGGAGAUCAUUUUGUCCACCCACUCUCCCCCCACCACUUCCCCAUCCUGGUCCCUUUCCUUUCCAUUUCCCUUUCCCCAGCCUCUAGGCAAGACUAUACCUAUACCUUCUCAGAUAUGAAUUAAUGACAGUCUUGGUCUAAGAGUACUGCAAUUUUUAUCCUUGUACCUGACAACUCUUAAAGUAGAACUUUUCCCUCCCUGUAUAACCUUCAAUCCUGCCUGCUAGAAAGAAGCACUUUUAUGUCAUUUAAUCCAUGACAUUGAGCAUCCCUUGGGUACCGAAUCCUAUACUUGGUAACAGAUUGUGUUUGGAUGUAUAUGUGGGACAGGGUAAAAGAUGGAGAGGAUCCAGUGAAAGGAAAAGACAACUGCCCAGGCUUCUACAGGUUCUCUUUUCAGAGACUUUUGAAUUUGGUGAGGUAGUGGGAUGGGAGUAACUACCACUAAGGAGCUGCUGUGUAGUGGAAGAAGCCAGACCAUACCUCUCUAACCUUUCCACCAAAAACAGACAGAAGAUCCUAAAGCAAAACUGUGAAAGAGGAAUUAUGUCAUCAACGUUAUUAGUCCAUGGAUUGAAAAUAAUACUCAGAUAAUGCUAAGAAAUAUGGUCAUUUCAGCUGCAAGAAUUCCCAGUGUGGGAACUCCAUAUCCAUGCAGAUCAUAAUUCCCCAGAGAGGCAUUUUGGUAUAAUGGGAAGGAAGACCUGGGUUCAAAUUUUGACCCAGACACUUACUGACUGUGUGAUCUUACUCAAGAUCACCUAUUGUUAGUGGCAGAGCCAGAACUACUCAAAGCCAGGCCUUCUCACUCCAGAAGUGCUCCCCACUAUACCUCCAUGUGUCUGGGAAGACAAAAAAUGUUCAUAAGGGAUCUAUUCUCAGGGGAUAUUGAGUUAUCUUUCUCUCUGGAGGGAAGGAGAACAAAUGUGGCUGCUCUGGAUGAGCUUUCUAUGUUUUUGUGGUCUUCACUUGUUUCAGGCACUGCCCUUCACACUGGUGGAGAUAUUAAUAGGUCUGUGUUUCAAGGAAGGAAAAUCCCUGGAAAUGACUACUUUGAAUCUGGGAGCGUUAGGAGUAGGAUAUUCACCUGAAUUCUGGGGCUUUUCUCCAUAUUCCUCAGUCCACCCUCCUGACUUUUGGUAUUCUCCAGAAUCUCUCCUCCCUUUUUACCCUGGGGGUAGCUGCAAUUGUUCCUCUUGGGAUGUUCAAGGAGGACCCUUCCUCUGAGCAGAGAUAUUGGGGCCAAAGGUGGUCCUCAAUUGCCUUCCUUUGGGAGACCUCUCUCCCACAGAAUGAGGGUGCUCAGAGUUUGAAGGAGUCUCAGAGGUCAUUUAUAGGGCUUCUUAAACUUCUCCCACUGCUGACUCCUUUUCACCCAAGGAAUUUUUAUUUGACCCUGGGAAUUAGGCAUAUAAAAUAGGUAUACAAAUCAAACAUUUAUUGUUAAUAAAUCAUAAUUUCACACCCCUUACAUUCAGUUACUAGACCCCACAGAGGUUUGUGACCCACAGUUUAAGAAGCUUUGAUCCAAAUCCUUCAUUUCACAGAUGUGAAAACUGAUGUACCAAUUUGUCAGAUGACUUAUCCAAAGUUAUCUAGAUAGUAAGCAGCAAAGCCAGAUCCUCUGAGUCCAAUUUUAAUGCCUUUUAUAUUGUACCCUGCAAACAUCCUAUCCUCUGGGCCUUCAUCAAUCAGAAGGGACAGAUAGACAAUUGCCAAAAAGUCUUCACACCAGACAGCUCUGCUAAUUAUUAGCUGUGUGACUUUAAAUAAGUCACUUAUCUGGACCUCAGUUUCCUCUAAAUGAGCAGAAAUA